GUGGGGGUUUGCGCUGGGUCUUUUCUAAACGUGGGCGGUUUUCCCAACAGUGUGACUGCAAUCACCGGCUGAUUCACUCCUAAGCUCCCCAUCUCACCGACAAUGAAGAUCUGGACAUCGGAACACAUUUUCAACCAUCCUUGGGAGACAGUCACCAAGGCUGCCAUGCAGAAGUACCCCAACCCCAUGAACCCCAGUGUGUUUGGGGUGGAUGUGUUGGACCGUAGUGUGGACACACGGGGACGCCUGCACAGCAACAGACUGCUGAGCGCUGAGUGGGGCCUGCCCUCCAUCGUCAAGUCGAUCAUUGGCAGAACACAGACGUGCACCUACAUCCAGGAACAUUCUGUAGUGGACCCCGUUGAAAAGACAUUCGAGCUUCAAUCUUCAAAUAUCACAUUCACUAACCUGGUGUCAGUGGAUGAGAAGCUUACAUACAGACCACAUCCUGAUGACGCAGAGAAGACGAUAUUGACUCAAGAAGCUCUCAUCUCAGUCAAAGGGGUUAGUCUGAGUAGCUACCUGGAGGGAGUUAUGGCUAGCACCAUCUCUGCAAACGCAGGCAAGGGUCGUGAGGCGAUGGAGUGGGUGAUCAGGAAGCUAAAUGCAGAGAUCGAGGAGCUGGCAGCCGCCGCCCGCGGCACCAUAAGGACUCCCAUGGCUGCUGCUAUGACUUCAGAGAAAUGAUACCUCUACGUUCCCAGCUUCCAGCCUGGGGACAUUGUUCUUCUCCUGCGUCAGAACAGACUCCACCUCCCUUUUAGACUGCUCUGAUUCUCAUCAACUGGUCUGAAGUCUAAGCCAGCCAGGAAUCAGAUCUACAAGUUUGAUUACAAUUCAAGUACUGUAUUUAUUGUUGUUAUUUAAGUACUAACUGAAAUGAAGGGAACAACGGUUAUCCUAAUAUAUAUUUUAAAACAUUUUAUAGGCGAGGACCAUAUCAAAUGCUGUGUCUGUUGGAGUAGAAUCUAAAUAUGCUCUGUACCCAAGUUUGAGACUAGAGCAGGUCAUGUUAUCAGCAUGCACUAGCACUAAGUAAUAGCCUCGGGGACGGUGUCAAAUAUAGAGGACGGUUCAGCGAGUAACAACUUGGUUCUGUACUGAUCUUGUUGGACCGUACUAGCCUGGUGCCAGAGUUGGCAAGAGAGCACAAACAGAUCUGGGACCAGGCUAAGACCAUAUCAGAGGUAAUUGAAUAAAUCCUGGGGAUGCAAUCACCUGUCCCUUUAACAGACCGAACAAGAACAGUUUCAACAUGCUGCAUUUGAUACCGUUUUCCCUGCGGAAAGCUGCACCUAAAUUAAGAAUGGUAAGGCGUGGUUGGGGUUUUUCAUACUUGACAUUGACACAUUUAUUGAGUGAAAUCACUGACAAGGCGGAGUCAAAUGUGACUGGAAAGAAUGAACAGAUAAGAAACGAAUGGUUGCAUGGGUCCUCACUGAAUGUUACUAAUGGAUUGUUCUUCGAUGCCUCAGAAGUCUGACCCUCUGCCAGCACAAAAUGUCUGUUCUCGGAGUGUAAUGACCCCAACAAUGAAUGCAUUUUGUAACGCACAUACUGUACAGAAGAGAGGGGUCGUGCAGAAGAGAGGGGUCGUGCAGAAGAGAGGGGUCGUGCAGAAGAGAGGGGUCGUGCUCCGGGCACUCCAGUAAUGUUCUGCAUUCUCUCCCAAGAGUCAAACUAAGUAUUUAAAUAAUAUAAAAUCACUGUUUUGGUUAAAUGUUAUGUACUGCUAUAGCAUCCAGUAUGUUAUGGAAAUGUCUGCUAUGUUUGACGUAUGGAGAGAAUAUAUUAUUUAUUUUAUAUAUAUAUAUAUAAAGAGAGAUGAAUGUGUUUUUAAUUUGGUUGUAAACAAUGGUACUUGUUGUCUGUGGUACUUACUGCCUGGGAUGUCCAGUAUAUAUAUUGUAGAUCAUAACAACGCUGAGGAGAUCAAAUGCCUCUGCUACCAACUGUCUAAGGGCCGGUUUCCCGUACACAGAUCAAGCUUAGCACUGGACUAUUGCUAUGGUGUUUAAAAUCCAGGACUAGGUGUAAUCUGUGCAAACCGGACCUGAAUGUUAUGUCUUUGGGUCUAUGGUGAAAACUUGUGUUGUCGAGGGCGAUACGGCAAGGAAAGAAAGAUGCUACAGUCAGUAGGUGUGAUGUAUGCAUUCCAAAAACCAUGCCGGUUUGCAUUCUCAAUACAAAUGUGUUAUGUUGCCAGUCAGUUCUAAUAUGCUUUAAAGUGGUAAUGUCAAAUAUUCUAGGUUUGUUAUUUGUCAAUGAAUGUUCUGUUCUGACAUGACCUGAUGUUAGAACAAAGGGACAUGUUGAUCGUUCUAAUCUUCAGACAUAUUAUGUGUAAGGAGUCAUUUAUGGGUGUUUUUUAUUUAUUUUACCCAUAGUUAGAAUAAAAUAUCUUAACUCUACACCUACACAACAAUACAACUUAGUUGGUGCUGAAGUCAUAAUGGAUUAAAAUGCUUCUGUAAACUCCCAAGUUCCAAACGGUCAAACAGAAAUGUAGACCAGGCAUGUUGGUUUACAUGAAAAAAAUAAAGUCCUCUGAAAUAUG